UAUCUCUGAGGAACUAUUAUCAAACCGAGUUCUUUCAGUGGGAACACGACAAAGUUCCUGAAAACGGUCCUGGGUCCUGAAAAAGGUUCCUGGAGUGAGAACGUGCCUAAUAGAGAUUUACUACAAAAAAGCAGCAAUUUGAUUGGGUGGACCUACACAAAAAGUGGGUGGGCCUAGGCCAUCCAUAACUACACCCCCACUAUUAAUACAAUUUUAAAAUUACUUUUUAUUUUCCCAACAGAUGUACCAUCAAAGCUCAAUUUAGAAUUGUUAAUAUGAAAUAAUAUAAUUUAUGAACAGUAUUUUAUAUAAUUUAUGACAUUAACAGAAUUAUGAAUUAAUAAAAGCAUAUACACCUAUCUUUUUAGAGUUUAGAACUCAAGUCAUGGACACCGGAUCGAGUAAGCCCCUGGAGGUGGCAGCUCUCGGAAGACCCUUCCAGCUGGGGAUGCUGUACGAUUGUCGUGAUGAUCGUCUCAUUCCAGGAAUUACCUUGUGGGAUCGGGAAGGCCUUCAUCAAGACACAAAUGAAAUAAUGCAGCCCAAGACAGAAUUUGAUGUCAUUGCUUCUGAUUCUGUAGAGGAUAAGGCAUGGGCUCUAAAUGUUGGUGCUUCACUAAAAGCAAGUUUCUUAGGGGGACUGGUGGAGAUUGAUGGAUCUGCCAACUAUCUUAAGGACACAAAGGCUUCAAAAAAACAGGCACGUGUCACCUUGAAGUAUAAAACAACUACAAAGUUCAUGCAGUUGUCUAUGAGUCACCUUGGACGAGGAAAUGUUAAACACUCAUAUCUGUUUGAGCAGGGAAUAGCGACACACGUGGUAACAGCAGUGCUGUACGGUGCUCAGGCAUUUUUUGUUUUUGAUCGAGAAGUUUCAGAAACCGAGAACCAGCAAAACAUUAAGGGGAACCUGCAUGUGAUGAUAAAGAAAAUACCAAAAUUGUCAAUAGAAGGGGAGGCUUCCUUAGAGCUGACAGACACUGACAGAGCUACUGAGGAAAAGUUGUCUUGUAAAUUCUAUGGGGAUUUUGCUCUCAAACAGACCCCUGUUUCCUUCCAGGAUGCUGUAAAAAUAUACACAACACUUCCAGGUCUGCUGGGUGAAAAGGGGGAAAACGCUGUGCCAGUCAGGGUGUGGUUACUCCCCCUGGAAAUCUUAGAUUCUUCUGCUGCCAGAUUAGUGCGUCAAAUCAGUGUCAGAUUAAUAAAUGAAACACAGAGUGUGAUAGAGGACUUCAGUGAAAUAGAAAUGCAAUGCAAUGAUAUUAUGAAGAGAAAGGUUAUUUCAUACUUUCCAGAGAUUGGACGAAAGGUAAAAUCCUUCAAGGACAUGUGCUUGGAGUACAAAUCAGUGUUUCAGAGAUCGUUGUCAAGCAUUUUACCAUCAAUUCGUGGAGGUGGAACAGAGGAAUGUGUGCUUGCAAACAUCCUAACAAAGAAGGAAGAGUCUCCUUUCAAUAGCAAUAAACUUAAGGAAUGGCUGGACUGCAAAGAGCAAGAAAUCAACCUGCUCCAGACAUACACUGAUAUGAUGGAAGACACAAAAAUUCUGGCAUCAAAGAGUGAGCUUCAAAGUGAAAUCUUGAAAAAUAGAGAUAAGCAUGUAGUGUGUUUUGCAUUAACAUCACUGGGUGAGGAGGAGCCGUAUCUGUCCUGCUUACAGAGUCACUUAAAGGCUCUUUCAACUGCGAAGCUAAGAGAACCAACAGAAGAAGAUGGGAAGGAUGUCGAGCCGAGUGAGUUUUACCUCUCAGAUGCAGUGUCAGAAAAAAUUAACAAACAAGUAUUCCUCUUCAUGGAUUUCGCAAAGGCGAACAAGGAGAACAAGAAAACACACUUUAUAUCAGCAUCCAUACCUAACGAUAAGUACAAAGGGGCAAGUAUUUACCUUUACACAGAUGGGAUGAAACAAAGUGACCAAUUUGAGCCUCCGUCAAAACCAGAAAGACCAAAUGCAUCUGACGUCACUCAUGACAGUGUGACAAUAAAGCUGAAUCAUCCCCAGUAUGGAUCCAGUGAAAUCACACACUACCUGGUUGAAUACUGUGCUAAUGAGUCAGAUGACUGGCAAUUUUUUGAGGUUUCCAAAUCUAACCUGGAAUGUACUGUGUCUGGACUGCUUCCCCACACAGGCUACAGGUUCAGAUACAAGGCAGUGUGUCCAGCAGGUGUCAGUCUAGCCAGUGAAGCUGAGAGCAUUAAAACUUUGCCCACAAGUCCUCCUGGGAAGGCAGAAAAAAUAGAUGUAGACUUAGAGGAGAUUGAAGUUACUUGGACAAAACCUGAUAUGGUUGGAAAUGGGGUCAGCAUUGAAAAUUAUAUUGUUGAAUACAGAACUGAAACAAAUGAAAAUGAGACAGACUGGGAAAAAAAGACUAGUAAAGGUGAGGUCUAUAAAAUGACUGGGUUACAGCCAGAUACAGCAUAUUAUAUUAGAAUUACAUGCAAUUGUGGUGAAUCUGGUCAAAGCAAAGAAAGUCUGACAGUCUCAAUUUCAACAUUGUCAGGAACCACAACAAUACCUGAACAGAUAAAACAAAAGAGUGAAUGUCUUAGCCUGGAAGAGAAGUAUGCUCAGUGGUCAUGGAAGUUAAGGAAAUAUUCUUUGGAAACACCGACCAAGUUGAUAAACCAAAUUGGAAGCAACAAAAUUUUGUAUGUCAAUACCACAGAUCUGAUCUCUGACUUUGAUAAUGUUUAUACUGCAUUAAAAAGUGAUAUUGAGGCACAUUUCAAAGAUGACAAACGUGCUGAAAUCCUUAUUGAAUGGAAUGUUGAAAAACUAGAGAAACUGAAGAAUGAGCUCAUUGAAGAAACCCUAAAACAAUGCAAAAUAUUAAUUAAAAAUAAGAGAAGUAUGUCAGAAGUAGAUCAGAAAAAAUAUUAUUUUGAGGCAAAAUUGAUGCAGAAAAGCAAAACCAUGGCAAGUUUGAAGGACAAGAGGCUCACUGAUAAACAAGUGGAAGAAGAAUUCAGGUCACUCUGGGUUAAGUGGGUAGCUGAAAUAGCAAAAGAUCAGCUGCCUGAUAAACCAGUCAACAUAAAAGUUAUAGUGGAGAAGAUUCUGUACUCUCACUUUCAAAAGCAGGCAGACAUCAUGAACAAGAUUAAAACGAUAUCUGAAAAUGGAAUGUUUGAAUUUACAAAGAAAAAACAUAUUAGCCAAUCUUUCAUGGCAGCAAAAUGGGAAAGUAUUAGAGAACUGCAUGGAAUGGGGAUUUUCCAGGGGUUUCCUGAAAAACUACACCGGAACGUGAAUCACAUGGUUAAUGAAUACAUUAAAAACAAAGAAUUGGAAAAGACAGAUUUCAAUCGCAAUUUCAUAUUUGAAAUACUAGAUGAGGUUGAAAGGCAUAUUCAGGAAUGUGAACGCAAUGAAAAUGUGAAAUUCACAUAUGAAUACAGAGUUGACUUGUCAGUUUCUAUUUGCCUCAGUUCUGUCCAGAGGUUUCAAAAAAUGCACGAGUCAUUCAAGAAAGCUAAUGACCCGGUAACCUACCUGCAAAGUAAAAAGAAACAGUACUCUGAAAUGUUCACACAAUACUGCAAAGGAGCCAACUCAGUGAGAAUUUUUGCUGAAUUUUUAUUCAAAAACAUUCUGCCUGCAGUUGAAGAGGCAGUUUACAAUCAAAUUAAGUUGCAAAUCAUUAAUACUAUGAAAUGCAACAACCCAGCAUUCAGUGGCAACAGAUGCAACCUUGAAAAUCAUAUACUGAGACAUCUUACAAUUCAGAAGAAAUUUGAGUUCUACAAAGAAUACAUUGAUGACCCAAAGUCAUAUUUUAAAAGGUUUAUUGGUGAACAUGUGGAAAUAUUUUGCAAAAACUACAAAAAACUGCAGGAGAUGCUUCAUGAAAACCUACAAGAAAUGAAAUUACACAUUUUACGCACCAGCACAGAGGCAUCUGAGGAAGUGAACCUGAAGAACGGCAAUGCAUCCAUGUGGCUCGAUCAUUUCUGUAAAAAACUUGGGGGCCACAUGGUCAUGAACAGGAAGAGUCUGACAAGCAUUCAGGAUGAAGACAUUAGUGACACAAAGUUUCUGAAAGAGAUGAUGGCCAAGUAUCUUGAAGAAGUGGUUAAAAGUGAACAUAUGGAAAGUGUUGAUGCCUCUUCCCAGCAUUUACGCCUCUUAAAGCAGAAAAUAACAGAGAUUCUUUUUAAACAGCUUGAAGGAUGUUGGGCUCAGUGCCCUUUCUGCAAAGCCAUCUGCACAAAUACUUUAGUUAACCACAGUGGUGACCACAGUGUUCAUUUUCACCGGUCCAGUGCUAUGGGUCACUUUAGUUAUUAUAACACAGAUGAAUUUUCAAUUGAUUUUUGCUCAACCAAUGUAAGCAGUGAUUGUUCAUUCAGGCAUCAUGCCAGUGGAAAGUGGAUCCCCUAUAAGUCCUACAGAGAUGCUGGUGACCCUUAUGAUAAGUGGAGCAUCACCGCAGAUGGGAGCACACAGGGUUACUGGAAAUGGUUCAUCUGUAGGUUUCAGAAGGAGUGGGAAGAUACACGUGGAUACAAAUUUAAAGGCAGAGGUGCGAUUCCUAACAGCUGGAGAAAAAUCACAGAGGAAUCAGUGCUGGAGGAAUUAAACAUAAGAGACUAAAACUAUUGCAAUUAUGCAUAUGCAAGGGAAAUCUCACAAGGAAAUGUGUAGCAUUUUAGU